UGUGAACUUUGGGGUUUCCGUAGCCGGAUGUUUGUAGUUACUAGUCCUUAGCGAGGCAUGUAACCUUGUGAUCGCUCAGAUUUUACAACGUGAUUUAAAAAUGUUUUGCACGUUUUGUAAACGUGCAGCUUGGACGGCGAUCCGGCCGCCGCAUCCUCGGUGUAAAGUGCGCGAGCUGCCCGCACUACGCACUUUUACAUCGGCUAGCAGGACGUCAUGGAGUCGCUGGAAACACGAACGGGAUUCAAGUACCUCAACCCCGGAGUCUAAGGUUCCUCAGAUGCCCACAUGGGAGCCCAUAGCUGAAAGCCAGCUUCCACCGCCAACAAAAGUCUCUCCAGACUUGGUGGAUAAAUUGGAAAGAUUAGCCCUUGUUGAUUUUGGCAGUAAAGAAGGAGUGGACUGUCUGGAGAAAGCCAUUCGCUAUGCUGACCAACUUCAUGUUGUUAAUACAGAUGGUGUAGAACCGAUGGAUUCUGUUCUAGAGGACAGAACCCUGUAUCUUAGAGCUGAUACUGUAACUGAGGGUGAACGUGCAGAGGAACUGCUCAAGUUGGCCAAACAAACAGUAGAGGAAUACUUUGUAGCACCUCCAGGAAACAUCCCAUUGCCAAAAAGAGAAGAAAGAUCUGCUCACUCUGAAUUUUAAGUAAAACAUCGUAAUGGCUCUGAUUUGAUAAUAAAUAUUUAAACUACUGACCUGUGCCUGGAGUGGUACCAAUGUAUCAAAAAUAAUUCAAUAAUAUUAAAACGGUUUUACCAAAAGUAUUGUUGGUUGGCAGAUGAUAAAAACUAUGAUGCUAAAACGGCUAACUAAACAGGGGUUGGGCUGGGUUUUAACACAAGAUUUGUUUGUCAGAUCGACAAAAACUUUUGUGUUGUUUGUAUCUUGCCAUUUGGAUAUUUAGUGUUAUUUUCACAAACAUGCACACAAAAAAGUGGAUUUGAAUUUUCUUUAAAUAAAACUGUCUUUGAAGCAUA